AUGGCACAUAAGUAUGCAAUAGAAUCACUUGACAGAACUUUGAAAGAUGUUAUGAGUGCAGACAAAAAUUCAAAAGAUGUCUUUGGUGGAAAGGUGGUUGUUUUUGGUGGUGAUUUCAGACAGAUUUUACUUGUCAUUCCCAUAGGUAGUCGUUUCGAUAUUGUACACUGUGCCAUAAAUGCAUCUUACAUAUGGCACUCAGUUGAGGUCUUAACAUUGACAAGAAAUAUGCGGCUUCUGUCUGGAAGAACACGCACUGAAAAUAACGAAUUAGCACAGUUUUCAGAUUGGCUCUUGAUGAUAGGAGAGGGCAGAAUAUCUGAGCCUAAUGACGGCAUCGCCGAAAUAGAAAUACCACCAGAUAUUUUGAUAACAGAAUUCGAUGAUCCCAUUGAGGCGAUUGUCAAUAGCACCUACCCUGAUUUCAUCAAUAAUUUUCAAUCGAAUGAAUACCUUAAAAGUCGGGCAAUCCUGUCAUCUACACUUGAUAUUGUUGAUCAAAUCAACGACCAUAUACUUAACUUAAUGCCAGUGGUUGAUAUCCUCACACCAGAGUUUCUAAGUUCACUACGCACAUCAGGUAUGCCUAACCAUCACUUAAAACUAAAUGUCGGUACACCUAUAAUGCUCAUGAGAAAUAUAGAUCAAUCUGAAGGUUUGUGUAACGGCACAAGGCUAUGCAUAACGAAACUGGCAACCCAUGUUAUCGAAGCUUCAAUAAUGGGUGGAAAAGGUUCUGGAAAUUUGGUUUACAUACCGCGAAUGGACAUGUCACAAUCCCAAUCACCAUGGCCAUUCAAACUGAACAGAAGACAAUUCCCUGUUAUGGUUUCCUAUUCCAUGACAAUUAACAAAUCCCAGGGACAAUCACUGGAUAAUGUCGGUCUGUAUUUACCAAGAGAUGUUUUUACCCACGGCCAAAUUUAUGUCGCAUUGUCACGAGUAACAAGAAAACAGGGAAUCAAAAUACUCAUACAUGAUGAACAAAACAAGUUCAAGGAGACAACUACAAAUGUUGUGUACAAAGAAGCUUUUAACAAUGUAUGA